GGGCAAAAAAACGAGGGCCUCACCUUAGCAAAAGCACGAGUGAGGGAGAAAGAGAGAGAGUCCCGGACUUUCUCUACCUCGCGUUUUAAACACAUUUUAACUCGUAUUCUCAGUCGUUUUGACUCAGUUUAAGCUUCUGCAUCGAGAUUUCCAGGUUUCAGCUGUAGUUUAUCAGUCGAGCAGUUCGGCAGGUUGUUUGUUUAGAGAGGAGCAAAAUGGAUUUCGAUGAGUAUGAAUACUUGGAGAAAACAGUUGAGAAUCCUAAGCCCUCGAAAUGGAAGGAAAGGGAAAGGGAAAAUGGUGGUGGUGGAGCUAGGGAAUCUGAAGAGAGAGAAAGGAAUCGCAGUUCAAAGCAUAGGAGUGAUGAGAAGGAUGGACAUCUUGAUGAUGAUGAUGGUCAUCGCUUGAAGAGCUCCAAAUUGAGAGAUGAGACACGUGAUCGUGAUAGAAGGAAAGAAAGGGGGUCAUCCCGUCAUCGCUCAAGGUCUAGAGAUGGAGAGAGGGACAGAUACAAGAGUAGCUGGCAACAUAAGGACAGAGAGAGAGAGAGGGACAGUAAGAGGGAUAGAGAGGAGAAGAAUGGAAAGGAUAAGGACAGAGAUAGAGAUCGGGAGCGUGAUCAUGACAAAGACAAAAGAGAGCGGGAACAUGACCGUGAAAGAGAGGGGGAGAGGGAUAAGGAGAAGGAGAGAGAACAGUCACGUGGAAGUGGGAGUCGGUCAGAAAGGCAUCAAAACACCCAGGAUGAAAGGGAGAGGAGUCGGGAGCAGGAGCUUAGGGAAAGAGAAAAGGAGAGGGAGUUAAGGGAUCGAGAUAGAGAAAGCAGACGAUAUAAAGAAAAGAAAGAUGAUGUGGUACAGCCAGAGGCCGAUCCUGAACGGGAUCAGAGGACAGUAUUUGCAUACCAGAUUUCGUUGAAGGCUGAUGAAAGAGAUGUUUAUGAGUUUUUCUCAAAAGCUGGCAGAGUUCGAGACGUACGCCUCAUAAUGGAUCGUGUUUCAAGGAGAUCCAAAGGGGUUGGGUAUAUUGAAUUUUAUGAUGUAAUGACUGUCCCUAUGGCAAUAGCACUCUCUGGGCAGCUUCUUCUUGGUCAACCUGUGAUGGUUAAACCAUCAGAAGCUGAAAAGAAUCUUGUUCAGUCAACUUCAAAUGUGGCUGGAGCAUCAGGUGGACUAACUGGUCCCUAUUCAGGAGGAGCUAGAAAACUGUAUGUUGGCAAUCUGCAUUAUAACAUUACAGAAGAUCAACUUCGUCAAGUUUUUGAACCAUUUGGUUCUGUCGAGCUGGUGCAAUUACCUCUUGACGAAACUGGGCAUUGCAAAGGUUUUGGUUUUGUUCACUUUUCACGUCUUGAAGAUGCUAGAAAUGCAUUGAAUUUGAAUGAACAGCUGGAGAUUGCUGGCCGGGUGAUUAAGGUGUCAGCUGUUACUGAUCAAACUGGAAUGCAAGAUAUUGGGGCAAAUACUGGCGAUUUUGAUGAUGAUGAAGGUGGUGGUUUGUCUCUGAAUGCAUGGUCCCGAGCACUUCUUAUGAAAAAGUUGGAUCAAAGUGGCAGUACUGCAGCUAUAACUGGUUCACCAGGCGCCUCUGUUAUCAAUAGCACAGGCCUUACACUGCCAGUGGCACCAGUUGAUGGAGUUUCACCUGUGGUGUCUUCCCUUGUUCCUGCUUUUUUACAAGGUUCUGUUCCUACUCUUCCUGGACAACUUGCCACAAAUCUCCCAGUGCCCACUGCUAGCAUUCCUAUUAUUGAUACAAUCAGUGUUCCAAGUGAAUGCAUUCUGUUGAAGAAUAUGUUUGAUCCGAAAAAUGAGACAUAUGAAGACUUUGAUGUGGAUAUCAAAGAAGAUGUUGAAGGAGAAUGUUCGAAGUUUGGAAAAUUGAAGCACAUUUUUGUUGAGAAGAAUAGUGCUGGUUUUGUAUACUUGCGAUUUGAAAAUACUGAAGCUGCAAUGAAUGCACAACGUGCUCUUCAUGGAAGAUGGUUCGCAGGGAAGAUGAUCACUGCAACAUUCUUGGUGCCAGAGACAUUCGAGACUAAAUUUCCAGACAGCAGAUAAGAUUAUGAUCCCGUUGUUCCAUCCAGAUGCAGCAUGAAGCAAUGGCCGGAGGGUGUAGGAUACUGUUGUCUUUCAUGGAAGUUGAGAAUAGAAAGAGGUAGUUUGUGUGGGACAUUUUUGCCGGUGGUAGUAGUUAUUGUAAUUCCAAAUGGACAAAUGAAGGGAUGACCUUUUUUAUAAUUAAUUAACUAUAUAUAUACAUUUAGAUUAGCUGGAUUGAGCCUCAUUGUCAAUGUUGGAAAGAAUUGAUUUAAAUGUCAAAACAUUGAAACUCCUAAUUUCAGCGAUUCAAAAGCAAUUGUUAGUUA